GCCGGCGUCUUUCCUUCGAAAGAAGAAAAGAUCAGCGUCUCUUUUUCUUUGAAUUAUUAGUAUUAAACUACUUAUAGCUAAACUAACCCAACACCAUGAGAAGUGACUUUGAGAGUGUCUGGGUUUUUGCCCUUGCAUCCAAAUGCAGAGCCUUUUCUCAAGAAAACAUUGCAUGCUCAAUUUUGAUUGUCGCCCUAGCCUGGCUGGUUAUGGCCCUGAUCUACUGGUCUCACCCCGGUGGUUCAGCUUGGGGCAAAUAUAGGCUCAAAAAGUGUGCCACUCUCUCUGUUUGUUACAGACCAAUACCGGGCCCUAGAGGGUUUCCUUUAAUCGGGAGCAUGGACCUCAUGGCCAGCUCCCUAGCGCACCACAAAAUCGCAGCCGCUGCCGAGACAUGCAAGGCCAAGAGGCUCAUGGCCUUUAGCCUCGGCGAUACUAGCGUCAUCGUUACGUGCAAUCCCGAUGUAGCGAGAGAGAUUCUCAACAGCUCUGUGUUUGCUGAUCGUCCGGUGAAAGAAUCGGCUUAUGACUUGAUGUUCAACAGAGCAAUCGGGUUCGCUCCUUACGGGGUUUACUGGCGAACACUGAGAAGGAUCGCAGCAACCCACUUAUUUUGCCCUAAGCAGAUUAAAGGUUCCGAGGAACAGAGGCGCUUGAUUGCCUCUGAAAUGGCGACCUUAUUUACUAAUCACCAUAACCGAAGCUCCCACGUUCGGGACGUGCUGAAACGAGCCUCGCUAAACAGCAUGAUGGUAUCGAUAUUCGGACGAAAAUAUAAACUAGAUUGUGCCGAUAAUGAUGAAGUCGAUGAACUUCGAGCUCUAGUUGAUGAAGGGUAUGAUUUGCUAGGGACAUUGAACUGGUCCGAUCAUCUCCCUUGGCUAGCCGAAUUCGACCCUCAAAAUAUCAGGGCUAGAUGCUCAACCCUUGUACCUAAAGUUAACCGAUUUGUUAGCCGAAUCAUAUCCCAACACAGAGCUCAAACAAACGAGAAAGCUCGAGAUUUCGUCGACGUGCUGCUUUCUCUCCAAGGUGCCGAUAAAUUAUCAGACUCCGAUAUGAUCGCCGUUUUAUGGGAAAUGAUAUUCAGAGGAACUGAUACAGUGGCGGUCCUGAUCGAGUGGAUAUUAGCUAGGAUCGUGCUUCACCCUGGUGUUCAGUCAACAGUCCAUGAUGAACUCGACAAGGUUGUUGGCAGAUCAAGAACCGUCGAUGAAUCUGAUGUAACGAACUUGAUUUAUCUCGCGGCUGUGAUCAAGGAGGUUCUGAGGCUUCAUCCACCGGGCCCGUUGUUAUCUUGGGCUCGACUUUCUAUCACCGAUACAACCGUCGAUGGGUAUCACGUUCCGAAGGGGACCACGGCGAUGGUGAACAUGUGGGCCAUCGCGAGGGACCCUCAAGAAUGGGCAGAUCCACUUGAAUUUGUACCCGACAGAUUUUUUGCUAAACAAGGCGAGGUGGAGUUUUCCGUACUCGGCUCGAAUCUCCGGCUGGCUCCGUUCGGGUCGGGUAGGAGAACAUGCCCCGGAAAGAAAUUGGGGUUGACCACCGUAACCUUUUGGGUGGCGACCCUUUUGCACGAGUUCGAAUGGCGACCGUCAGAUCAGAGUCCCGUUGACUUGUCCGAGGUUUUGAAGCUGUCGUGUGAGAUGGCUAAUCCUUUGAGUGUUGAAGUUCGUCCUAGGCGUAUGUCUCAGUACUAGCAUAAUUAAUUAGUCACGUGGGAAAUGAGAUACUAAGACACAAAAAUGUUGUGGGUAAAUUACAAGCUUACUCACUAAACUUUACUCUCCUAUUUCACUCACUGUACUUUCAAUAUUUCAGUUUUCUCACUGAACUUUAGACGUUGGACUUUUUUGGUCACUCGACCGUUAAAUUUCUAACGUCGUUAAAUUAAAAUUAAAAAAUUAAAAGUAUAGUGAGUGAAAUAGGAGAUAGAGUAAAGUUCAGUAAGUAAACGUGUGACAUGUUCUAUUAUUAAAAUAAACCACGUCACCACCCCGUUAUUGUGUGAACACGGUCGAGUGGCCAAAAAAGUUUAAUGUCUAAAGUUCAGUGAGUAAAUUAAAAAUUGAAAGUAUGGUGAGUGAAAUAAGAGAGUAAAAUUUAGUUAGUAAUCGUGUAAUUUACCCAAAUGUUGUUCCUAUCUUUUCUGUAUUGUAAAUACUAAUAUUAAUAUUACUCUCUCCCGUGUGACAUGUUCUAUUAUUAAAAUAAACCACGUCACCACCCGGUUAUUGUGUAAACACGGUCGAGUGGCCAAAAAAGUUUAAUGUCUAAAGUUCAGUGAGUAAAUU